AUGACUGAUAGUCAGUCCUGUAAGAACUCUGCAGAGGUUCCUGUACCUCCCUCCUUUUCCAUCAUCAGCUCAGCCCCCACCCCCUUCUUCUUCUUCUUCUUCUUCGAUGAGGACAGGAAGUCUGUAGCCAAAGUCCAGGUGCACAAGCUGGUCUUCUUUGUGCACCUCGCACUGCGUGCCCUGGUGUUACUCCUGAAGUUCUUUCCCCUGCUGUUGCUCUAUCCCUUGACUGUCAUCUCCUCUCACUGGGCAUCUCGCUGGCUGGACGCCCAGCUGUGGGUCACUGAGCCCUCUGGUCCUACCUUCAUCAAGCUGGGCCAGUGGGCCAGCAUGCGCAGUGACAUCCUCUUCCAGGACUUCUGCGAGCGUCUCUCCAGGCUGCAUGUGGAUAUGCAUCUCCACUCCUGGGGCCAUACCAAGCACACCAGUCUAUUGCAAAUUGACCUUCUGUUUGAAGCCAAGAACAUCGAAAGGUUCCGGGAGAAUUUCAAGGAUGUUGAUUUUGUCAAGUUCCCAACUCCUCUUCGACCAUUCACCAGGUCCCUUUUAGUGGAAACAUUUGAGGAGAGUGAGCCCAUAUCCAACUACCUGAGCCCUGAGGUCCCUCUAAAGGUGAAGCAGAGAAUUGCCAAUGGAAUAGGCACUCUUCUCAAGAUGGUGUUGGUGGAUAACUUUGUGCAUGGGGACCUGCACCCGGGUAACAUUCUGGUCCAGCGUAGCAGUAGCGGGGGUGACGACGACCCCGAGGGCAGGGCCACCCUGACAGACCGGUGGGGCACUGUAUUGGUGAGCAUGAGGCCGGCCCCGGCCCCUCUACAGCUGGUGCUGCUGGAUGCUGGCAUCGUGGCCCAGCUCAGCGACAGAGACCUGAGAAACCUCAGAGCCGUGUUUACCGCUAUGAAGGAGAUGGCAGAGCUGGUGGACCAUGCCCUCAGCAACAGUUUCUCACUGGGGAAGGUCCAAGUGGCUGAGUUGCUAUCCAGAGUCUUCGGAUUGGUCACCCACAUGGUGAAGUUGGAGAGUAACUUUACGUCCAUUGUGUUUGCCAUCAUGGUGCUGGAGGGGCUGGGGAGGUCUCUGGACCCAAACCUAGACAUUCUGAAGCUGGCCAAGCCCCUGCUGCUCAAGAACGCUGCCUCCCUCCUCUGA